CGAGCUCAGCGCAAGUCAACCGAUUGAGUGAACAUGCAAAAACAAAAAAAAACUCGUGUGGGAAGAAUUUAUACUUCCGCCAAUAAGCCUGGCUAACUCCGACAGGCUUCUUCCGUUCACUUCAGCAUCGUAGAUCAUGUCGACACCAGUAGCAUUUGCUGACUCGCCAACGGCACAAUCCCAGCCUUCUCCUUACACAUACUACCCCCCGGGAACAUUUCCUGAUGCAUCUCAGCAGCCCUCCCAAGCCACUACUGCAGUUGCAGGCUCGAGUACAACCGCCUCCACUGCCGUAGCAAGUCAGCCACAAUCGCGUCAGGCAGCCGAGGAGGCGCGCAAGGAUCGUACUUUGGCUGAAUUCCUUGUCAUGCUCGAUGAUUAUGAACCCUUGAUUCCUAAUGAAGUAACAGACUACUAUCUCCAGAGGGUAGGUUUUGAAUGCGAAGACGUGCGGCUAAAACGUCUGCUUUCGCUUGCUGCACAGAAAUUUGUAUCAGAUAUUGCUGCCGAUGCCUACCAGCAUGCUCGUAUACGUACGAACGCUGUUGGUGGCCGUGCACGCGGCCCCCUCACUGGGCCAGGGUCCAAGGACAAGACAAGGACCGCAUUGACCAUGGAUGACUUGAGUGCUGCAUUGGCCGAGUACGGCAUUAACGCGAGAAAACCAGAAUUUUAUCUGUGAGCAUGCAGAAGAGCAGGAUUGUCGUUUUCAUUACCACUUGUCCCAAUAUGUUCUAGCUAGUAACAAGUACCGUAAACCAAAUGCAAGAGAACCGUAAAUGGGGGAUCACUCAUGAACUGUCUUCUCGGGUUUACAGUCCGCGGAUAUCGUGUCAAACCGACUCUCGCUUGUACGCGACUUCGUUCAUGUCCUCAGUGGAGACACCCUUGAAUCGAUGAACCUGCAAUAGGAAAACAAGCUACCUACUGUGCCUUACGGCCGCACUGUAUCAUCAAAGGGGCAUAGUACAU